AGAAAGUGUUAGCAGGCGGCAGAGGAGGAGGCUCCUGAGCACGGGGCGUCCCGGACUCCAGGUUCCAGGGCAGCGCCUGCACCGCCCUCCGCGCGGCCCCCGGACACAGCAAGCGGCUCGGGCGCGCGGCUCUAGGCGGGACAAGCCGCCCUGUGGGGGAUGCGGCCGCUGGUCCAAGAAAUCUUUAAAAUUUCAAAGGCCUCUGAAAGCCUCCCAGCGAAACAACUUCACGAGUGAAAGCUGGAACUGCACCCUCCUCCCAGCGACCGCGAGACCCGGGGACGGCGCUGCGCCCUCCAGGAAACGGCGCGGUUUCCUGUCUGCCAAGUGCAGGUGCCGCCUCCUUUCCUGCUCCCGGGGAACACGAAGCCGGAGAGAGCGAUUCCCACGCGCGGGCGCCCAAGGGCGACCUGCCCGCGGUGACGGCGCUCCUCACGCCGGGUCCCUUCUGACCGAGCCCGCGGCCGGGGAAGCCGGGCCGGCGACGCCAGCGUCACGGAGCGCGGGGAAAACCGAGCCGGCCGCCCAGCGCCUAUCCAGACGCAGCCCCCAGCCCGCUACGCGCUCGGCCGGGCGGAGGGGAGGCCGCGCCGGCUUCCGGGCGUCAGUGCAGCGCCGCCCACGCGCAGCCCCCGCCGCGACCCCCGCCCGCCACGCCCGGGCCGUGGACCCACCUGCCUCGUCCACGCCGUCCUCGCCCGCGUCCCCGCAGUGCCCAACCGGGCCCCAGGGGCGCCGCGCCGUCGCCCCGUCCACCCUCGACCCGCCGCUGAGGGAAGGGCGGCCCCGAGCACGGCCGCCGCCGCCGCCGCCCGAGGCCCCGCGCUGCCGGGCCGCCCCAGGGGACAGGAAGCGGCCCAGCCGGUCCCGCUUCAUGGCAGCGAAGGACGCCAGUAGAACCCCGCGGGUGCUGCCCGGCCCCGCUCGGCCCGGCUCGAGGUUCCUGGAGGACCCGGCGUUCGGCUCCGCUCGGCGCGCUGGAAGCGAGGCGGGGCGGGCGAGGGGCGGAGCGAGAAGCAAAGCGAGGCGGGCGGGGCAGGCCAGGGGCCAGGGGCGGGACCGCGCGGCCGAGGUUCCACGCGCGGUGCCAGCGCCCCCGCUCGUACCCGCUCCCCUCUCCGGCCCGAGGGCGGCCGCGCCCGCCGCUGCCGCCAAUGGAGCGCUGGCCUGGGGCGGGGCGCUGGGCGGAGGGGCUCGCCGAGACCUCACGACGAGCCCUCCAGGGAGAGGCGACGCGGCCCUCCCCGCCUCUUACCGUGAGAGACGGAGGCGCGGGGCGGGCAGGCGCCGGCGGAGGCCACGCGGCGCGCAGGUGGCGGGCCGGCUGCAGAGGGGCCGGGGGCCGGGGUCUCACGUAGACAGGGGCCUGGCUGCCGCGGUUAGACGCCCAUGGCAACUCCGUGAGGGGCCCUUCUCGCCAGCCCCAUCUCGAGACGGCGAAGGGGCCCGGCCCCGUCGCGACAACCUGCCCUGGCUCUGCCACCCCCGCCACUAACACCCGUGGGGCCCGAAGUACGCGCGGAGGGGGGCCGUCGCCGGAAGUGUGGCCGCGUCCCUUCCGGCGGUCCGCUGCUCGGGCGGCUCCCGCACCCGUGCGCCGGCUGCGUUCCGGGCUCCCGGCCGCCCGUCCCGCCCCUCGGCUACCGCCGCCGCCUCCCCCGCCCGGCGCCAUGGCCGCUGCGGCCGGGGACGGCACGGUGAAGCCGCUGCAGAGCGCGAUGAAGUUGGCCAACGGGGCCAUCGAGCUGGACACCGGCAACCGGCCCCGGGAGGCGUACACAGAAUACCUGAGGACCAUCCACUAUAUUUCCCAGGCGUUACUGGAAGAAGUGGAAACCACUAAAGGUACGGCUCAGCCGGCCGGGCGCAGUGGCUCAGGCCUGUCUAGACAGCAGCUCCGUCACAUUUCCAGAGAGCUGACGCCACUGGAGGAGGCCUCCCUGCAGAAUCAGAAGUUGAAGGCUGCGUAUGAGGCCCGAAUGGCCCGGCUAGACCCCAGCCAGGCCAUGCAGAAGACAUCCCUGACCCUCUCUCUGCAGCGGCAGAUGAUGGAGAACCUAGUGAUCGCCAAAGCCCGGGAGGAGACACUCCAGAGAAAGAUGGAGGAGCGCCGGCUGCGGCUCCAGGAGGCCGCCAACAGGAGGUUUUGCAGCCAGGUCGCCUUGACCCCGGAGGAACGGGAGCAGCGGGCCCUUUACGCCGCCAUCCUGGAGUACGAGCAGGACCACGACUGGCCGAAGCACUGGAAGGCCAAGCUCAAGAGCAGCCCGGGGGACCUGUCACUCGUGACCAGCCUGGUCUCACACCUGCUCAGCCUCCCCGACCACCCGAUCGCGCAGCUCCUGAGGCGGCUGCAGUGCGCCGUGUACAGCGCCCUGUACCCCGCCGUGAGCAGAGCAGCCGCGCCAGCCCCGGGCUGCUGCCCCCCGACCCCCAACCCUGGAAGCCGACGUCUGCGGUCCUCGCAGAGCCUCCAUUGCAUGCUGUCCCCGCCUGAGCCCAGCGCGGCCCCACGGCCCCAGGACUGCCCCCCCACGCCCCCACUCCAGCCCGGCCCCGUGGGGCCUCCCUCGCCCCUGGGGGACACCGCGUCCGGAUUGCCGGACAAGGACAGCUCAUUCGAGGACCUGGAGCAGUUCCUGGGGACGUCUGAGCGGCAGGGCCAGGGCCGUGGGGUGCAGCCGGAGCCCCAGCUGCAGCAGCUGAAGAGCACAGUGGAGGAGAUUCAUAACGCCAUCGACAGGCUGCUCUCGCUGACCCUUCUGGCCUUUGAAGGCCUAAACACAGCUGCCUCCAAGGACCGCUGCCUGGCGUGCAUUGAGGAGCCCUUUUUCUCCCCGUUGUGGCCUCUGCUGCUGGCCCUGUACAGGAGUGUGCACCGAACCCGGGAGGCUGCCCUGAGCAGGAGCAUGGAGCUCUACAGAAAUGCACCCCCCACCGCCAUUGGCAUCCCCACCAAGCUCCUCCCCCAGAACCCUGAGGCCAAGGGGGCCACUGGCUACCCCUACUGUGCUGCGGCCCAGGAGCUUGGACUGCUGGUCCUGGAGAGCUGCCCCCAGAAGAAGCUGGAGUGCAUAGUGCGGACCCUGCGGGUCAUCUGUGUCUGUGCGGAAGACUACUGCCCCACACCGGAGGCCACACCCCAGGCCGGGCCCCAGCCCAUCGCUGCAGCUGCCAUUGGUGCCGACGACCUGCUGCCCAUCCUGUCCUUCGUGGUGCUAAGGAGUGGCCUCCCUCAGCUGGUGUCGGAGUGUGCGGCCCUGGAGGAGUUCAUCCACGAGGGGUACCUAAUCGGAGAGGAGGGCUACUGCCUGACAUCACUGCAGAGUGCCCUGAGCUACGUGGAGCUGCUGCCCCAGGGAGGCCUGGCCAAGUAGUAGAGCCAGACCCCAGGGCCCCUGCAGGGCCCGGCCUCGCCUCCCAGGGCCAUCUCUCCUGCACCCGGAGCCACGGGAUCCACUGAGGACCAUCCUGGAGCCUCACGCUGCUCUGCACAUGGCGGGGGCUUGUCCACUGUGGUGUGCUCUCCAGCUCUUGCCCCUUCCCCACCUCACAUCUAACCCUGGAGCUUGGGGUUGGCACCUCUGCCCCAACAGAAAGGGGCUGAAUCAGCUCCAGGAGGAACCAGGCCCUGCUUACCUGUGCAGGCCUCAGAGAGGCCCUGAGAAGGGAAGCUGCAGGCUCUGGUGGGUGCGGGCUCAGCGAUGAGCAUCUGGCUGGGUCCUGCCUAGCGCCUCACUGGGGCAGCUCCUGGGGAGCAUCAGGGAAGAGGGGUCCCUGAGCCAGCCAGCGGUGGAGACGGCAGUCCAGUUUCUGUCCCCUCUGACCCCUAGAAGGGGAGUUACAGCCCCAUGAACUAGUUUCUUGUCUGGAUCAGGAACAAGGGCCGGCUGGGGCCUGGGGUGCAGCUGGUGGGAGGCUGUGCUGAUUGCUGAUGGGCAGGGACAUCCCUGCGGGGUCCAGGGCUCUGAGCCCAGGACAUUCCCUGCCCUUGCUCAUCUUGGCUGUGGGCCAUGAACAUUCCGGGACCCUGGGCAUCUUCUCCAGGUCCGUGCAGCCCAAGGGUCAGCCCUCUUAACUGUCACAUGCUGCCCCCACCCAGCCCAAAAUAAAGAGGUCACUGCUGUGC